ACAGAACAAAGAAAAUAAAAAUAAAAAUCCAAUCUUUAUAACAUAUACGAAGUCUUCUCUCAUCAAUGCUUCAACUACACUCUGCAAUAAUCUAAACCUCAUCGACCCACAAAACCACUGUACAUUCUCGCUCGAUUCCGAAGGAAUCAACCACAAGAAGCAAGAAAAAUGGUGAAUAAGAAGAAAGCUAUGGCCUUUAAGCUUCUGGGUUUGGUUCUGUUUCUGGGUUCGAUCCAGACAGAGGCCACGUUCGGAGUCGGCGGCGGCAUUGGCGUCGGAAUCAGCGGCGGCGGCGUUUGGAUCGGCGGCGGAGUUAACGGCGGGAACCCUAAUGGGGUUCCUGUUUCAGCUCCGAAGCGGCAGAACAGUGCGUACGAUGCUCUGCAAACGUGGAAAUCCGCCAUUACAGAAGAUCCAUCUGGUGUUCUUAAGACAUGGGUCGGACCAGAUGUCUGCUCUUACAGAGGGGUUUUUUGUUCUGGUUCGAUUGUGACCGCCAUAGAUCUCAACCAUGCAAACCUCAGGGGCACCAUUGUCAAAGAGCUUGCUCUUCUCUCAGACCUCACCAUUCUCCACCUCAACAGCAACAGAUUCUCUGGGCAAAUCCCAGAUUCUUUCAGAACCCUAGAUUCUCUCCAAGAACUUGACCUCAGUAACAACAGAUUCUCUGGUCCUUUUCCUCUUGUCACAAUCUAUAUCCCAAAUCUCGUCUACCUCGAUCUCCGGUUCAACAAUUUCUCCGGUCCGGUCCCCGAGGAUCUCUUCAACAAGCGGCUAGACGCGAUUUUCCUCAACAACAACUGGUUCGACGGUGAACUCCCCCAGAAUCUGGGAAAUUCUCCGGCGUCGGUGAUCAAUCUCGCUAAUAACCGAUUCUCCGGCGACAUUCCGGCGAGUUUUGGCCUAACCAGCUCGAAAUUGAAGGAGGUUCUCCUCUUAAACAACCAGCUAACCGGUUGCGUACCGGAAUCCGUCGGACUAUUCAGUGACAUUGAGGUCUUCGACGUCAGCUACAAUUCCUUGAUGGGUCAUAUCCCCGACACGAUCUCGUGCCUGUCGGAAAUCGAGGUUCUGAAUCUUGCCCACAACAAAUUCUCCGGGGAGCUACCAGAUUUGGUCUGCUCCCUAAGGAAUCUGAUGAAUCUGACGGUCUCCUUCAAUUUCUUCUCUGGGUUUAGCUCCGAAUGCUCGAAGAUGUUCUUCAGGAACGCUGGGUUCGAUUUCGCCGGAAACUGUAUUCCCGGCGGAGAUAUGCAGCGGCCGCCGCCGGACUGCUCAGGGAUUCCCGGAAGCGCGUUGAGUUGCCUGAGGAUUCCGGCGCAGCCAUUGUUGUGCGCUUCGAUCACCGUGGGAUUGAAGGAAGGCGACAGUAAUCACACUUCGUCGCCAUGAGAGUAAAGUUUGAAACUUUUUUUUCUCUCUUUAAGAUCAAUUAUUAGUCGAAUUAAUUAACUAAAAAUUAAAAAAAAAAACGUAAUCCUAAUCUGAAGUCUUAGACUCUUAUUCGUGUAACGCAAUCGAAUCUUGCUAAGAUUUUUUUUUAACCAGAAAAUUAGUAAGAAGAAUUUGCGAUUUGGCAUUUAUCGGUUAA